ACUCAACUCACAAUCAACCAAGGGCAGCAGCAGAAUAUUCAACUCACAGAUGAAGAGACUCAAACCGGGCAAGAUGACACAACUUUGCCUUCUCCUGAAACUACCCCACAAAAUGAAAGUGCAAUGUUGGAGCAAGGAAUAUCAACAAAGGGUAAGAGGAUGCCAGGAGUAAAGGCUACAACAAUUGACGAAUUCUUAAAGGAAAAUGGGAUAGACGUGGAAAUUGAAGGACCAAGCACUGAACUAAGUGAGGACGGGGAAGAAAGCACGGCACUUGAUAAAGACUAUUAUCAACAUGUGAUGAAGGACAUUGAUGAUGAAGAAGGAGAGCCAAAGAAGAAGAAAACCCGUGGAAAAAUAACUUGCAAGGAGAUUUAUGCAAGGACUAUGGAACAGCGGGAAGAAGUCACUUUUGAUAUUGGACAGACCGUAGGACCAACCGACCAAAGUGUUUCUAAUUUAACUAGUUUUGUUGGCACUAUUGGUAGAAAUAAAAGAUUCGUUAGUCUUUUGUACACUAGUUGGCAUGUUGUUCCUUCUAAAGCUAAGAAGUUCAUGUGGGACUAUGUUAACACCAAGUUUAUCCUCUCAGACAGUGGAGAAAAGUGGGUAAUGCAAGCGAUUCGAGAUGCUUGGAAGCGGUUCAAAGGAAAGAUUAAGCAAAAGCACUUCGUUCCCUAUGAUACUAUUGAAGAUAUGGUGAAGAAUCGACCUCCACAAGUACCAGAAAGUGGUUUCAUAAAAUUGAUCUAUUAUUGGAGUCAUCCUCUAAUCCAGCGAGCAACAAAGGAAAUAAACGAGGAACCAAAAAGGUUUGAGAUGUUCAUUGCUACCCGAACAAGUCGGAAGAGGAAAGAAGUGGAUGAGAAAACACAAACUGCUGUUGUAAGAGUUCAUUGAAUCAUUCAUAAUUACAUUUCAAAUUUAGGAUAUGGUAACUAAUUCAAUUUUAAAUGUUUCUUCUAUGCAGGAAGACUUCCAACACCGCCAAGCUGCUGGUGAAACAGAAGAGGAAGCAUUUGAGGCCUUAUUCGGGAAAGAACAACCAGGUCGGGUAAGGUUGUAUGGAAGAUCUGCGACAAAAACUUAUCUAAAAAAACAUG